UGUGCAAGCACUUGGACUGGAGCCAAUCAGCUGUCAGGGCACCAUGAUAAAUCGCAAUGCAUUAUUGAUAAUAAUAAUUACUUUGACAUGCGCAUUUCUACUUGAAGGGCUAAUUUCAGCCGACCUGGAGAAUUUACUAAGGAGAAGGAGUAAAGCGUGUUACUAUUUGCCCCGGAUGGUGGUGGUGGUGUAGCAGCAGCCUGCCAUGUCGCGACGCAAGCAGUCCAAACCGCAGCACAUCAACUCGGAAGAACCCAAUUCAACAGAAAAUGGGGUUCUACAAGAUGUCCAUACAGAGGAUGGGAAUGAAAUCAAGAGGUGUCGCAUGGAGGAAACAAGAGUCUGUGAAAAAUGCUGUGCCGAGUUCUUUGAUGAAAUGGAGUUUCUUGAACAUGAGAGAAACUGCACUAAGAGUCAACAGGUUGUCAUUAUGAAGGAUGGGGAGGGGGGCGAACUACCGCUCGAGUUCUCACAACGAUCUCCUGAUUUCCAAAGUGAUCACAGCGAUGGGCGGUCUAGCAGUAAUUCUCAGUCGAAGCACAGCAUUGAGUCCACUGACACUACUGAGGAUGCUUUAAAUUUAAAUGGAGACGGGGACUCAAAACAAUCCCAGGAGGAUAUGUCCAACAGCCUUGACAUUAGCUACAUAGCAGCUUCCAAAUUACAAGACUCUAAUGUUACUCUUGAAGCCAUGCCUGCCACCAGAGUAGCUGUAACACAACAUUCAUCUAGUUCAUCUACGCAGAAAUCUCCCUCACCAACAUCUCAAGAUGCCCUCCAUGCAAUACCCAUGAUCCUUGAGCAGCUGGUUAGUCUUCAGCAGCAGCAGCUGCAGCAGAUCCAACUGACUGAACAGAUUCGGAUCCAAGUGGCCAUGAUGACACCCCAGAGCCUCCAGUCUGCAAUGGGAGCCACAGUGGACCCGCUGAAGGCACUUGGUGCACAUCUUUCCCAGCAACUUUCAGCCGCUGCUGCUCUAAUCGGAAAACGCACAGGCACACAGAGUUUGUCUUUGGAAGCUCUCAAACAAGGCAAAUUACCCCAGUCCAGUAGCAUUCCCACAUCCCACAUUGCUGGAAGUGUUGGCUCCAUACCCUUGAAGACCGAUACAAUCAAAGGGCUUCCGGAUCUAGCAAACAGACUUCCAGCUUUACUUCCGCAAUCGCCCGCAGUUAUGGCAUUCCAGAGCCCAUUUACUAACCUUGCAGCAAACCUAGAUCCCUCCAAAAAAGGCAAAAACAAGAUGCAUGGCAUGGCAGACUUGAAGAAUGGAGGUGGGGAGCAGAUGUACAAGCAUAAAUGCAAGUUCUGUGGAAAGACCUUUGGGAAUGACAGUGCCUUGCAGAUUCAUUUACGCUCACACACUGGUGAAAGACCAUUUAAAUGUAACAUUUGUGGAAACCGUUUCACAACUAAAGGAAACCUUAAAGUGCAUUUCCAGAGGCACAAAGACAAGUACCCACACAUUAAAAUGAAUCCACAUCCUGUACCAGAGCACCUAGACAACAUUCCCACAAACAAUGGUAUUCCCUAUGGCAUGUCUGUGCCCAUUGAGGAAUCCAAUAUUGUAGACAGCAAACCAGUGCUUGGGCUCCCAUCCACAGGUAUCCACUCAUCAGUGCUCCAGGGAUUCAAGCCUUCUUUUGAUGUUCCAGUGACUGGGGACCUCUACACGCAAAGACCCUCCUCAUCUGGCAGUGAUGGUGCAUCUAUUUCAUCAGGCAUAUUCAAUAACGAGGUAGGACUGGACCAGAGCAAAGAAGCCUCAGAUGGACUAGGUAGCCUGCAUCAAAUGAAUGGUAAUGGUGUCCUAGGUGAGAAUGGGUCAGGCACAGCCAAGCUUCAGCAAAUGGUGGAUGGCCUUGAGAAGAGAACCAAUGACCCCAAUGAAUGCCUGAUCUGCCACAGAGUCCUGAGCUGUCAAAGUUCCCUUAAGAUGCAUUACCGUACCCACACAGGUGAGCGACCCUACAAGUGUAAGAUAUGUGGCAGGGCCUUUUCUACUAAGGGCAACCUUAAGGCCCACUACGGUGUCCACAGGGCAAACACUCCCCUUAAAAUGCAACACUCCUGCCCAAUUUGCCAAAAGAAGUUUACCAAUGCUGUCGUGCUACAGCAGCAUAUUCGAAUGCAUAUGGGUGGCCAAAUUCCCAACACUCCAUUGCCUGACAACCAAUAUGAGGGCCCUGAAACGAUGGAUUCCAGUUUGACAGAGAAGAACAUUGAUGCAAGUGGGCUUGAGGAGAGCAUGGAGGAACAAGAUGUGGAUUUCGACAAUCAAGAGAAUCCAAACAGCUCUGAGCCUACUCCUACGCAUGCUGCCAAAGAGGAUCAGCCGUUCAGUGGCUCACCUGCCAUGUUCACUGGCAUUACUGCCCUAGAAAACCACAUGAAAAGCCUCACAUCAGCUCUGAACUUGCAGCGACAGAGCAGCACUGCAUCUGAGAGUGAUGGUGGGCCCAAAGAGUCACCGUCCACAGCUGGAGACCUGGAGUACAAGAAUGGACGCAGUCCAGUUGUAUCAGAUUCUGCUUCAUUUCACUCUUCAUCUCCAGUAGAUGGACAAUUGGAGAACGGACAGGCAAAAUCCCCAGAAUCUGUAAACCCAGAUGAUUCGGCCGGAGGAACUGCCAGAGUGGAGUCUGAUGGAACUCAAGAUUUCAGUGAAAUGAAUGGAGCCCUGGAUUUGACUUCCAGUUUCAGUACAAAGGCCAUCAAAGAAGAGCCUGGUCUGCCAUUUUCCAAUGGAGAAUAUUCUUCUGGUCAUAUGCCAUUCAUGAGGGUGCCUCCAAGCCUGGUUAAGUUGGAAAUGCCGAUUCCUUCUGAGAAUCCAGUUGGUGCCAGUAAUCAGCACGGUUCACAGCCAUCCCAGGCGACAGGCACUCCGCCGCCCAGCUCAAGUGCCCCUCGCCGCUCUGCCAAGCAACAUCUGUGUAAUGUAUGUGGCAAGAACUUCUCUUCGGCCAGUGCAUUGCAGAUCCAUGAACGUACACACACUGGAGAGAAACCCUUUGCUUGUACCAUCUGUGGUAGAGCUUUUACAACAAAAGGAAACCUCAAGGUCCACGUUGGAACACACAUGUGGAAUAAUUCAACAAGGCGUGGUCAGCGUUUGUCUUUGGAUAACCCUAUGGCAUUGAUGGCCAUGGGUGCAGAGUCCAAGAUGAUCCCAGACAUGUUGCAGCCCCCAAAAGAUUUGAUCUCCACACCGAUGAACUUUGACCCAUCGGUAUGGAAUCAGUAUGCUGCUGCUUUCUCGAAUGGGCUGGCCAUGAAAGCCAAUGAAAUUUCAGUCAUCCAAAAUGGAGGAAUCCCACUCCCUGGAAGCCUUGCUGGAGGCCCUUUGGUUGGCUCCACAGGAGGCUUGAUGAAGAUGGACUCCCAUUCAGGCAUUCCGGGUACAGUUGCUGAAAUGGAAAAGAAUGGCUCGGAGAGCGUAGUAAAAUCACAGUUUCCACAUUUUAUGGAGGAGGGCAAAGUGAAUUAAAACCGCACUGAGUAUACCUCAGUGAUUUGAAUGACUUUGCUCCUCUACCAACAUUUCAGUAGGCACAAUCAAAUCCGGUUCUUUUGCGUUGCUUUUAUUAUUAUUAAUUUUUUUUUUUUUUUUGCUUUUGCAAAGUUGUAUAAAAUGUCCUAAUAUGAGCAACACUUUGAUUUGUGGACUUCAUCUGAAACUUUAAAAUUGAUGUAACUACUGUAGUUAUUACUGUUUCUUUUUCUCUAAUAUAUGCGGGUAUUUGUCAGUAAUGUUUCUAGAAGUUGAAUGUAAGUUUUACUUGAAAGUAUCUUUCUUCCAGAACUGUCCUACUAGUGAGAAUUUAUGUAAACUACAGUUUUACCAGAUCUCACAGUAAAUUGGUGUAGGCUACAAUCUUGCCAUUAUUUUUAAGUCACAUUCUUAUAGUCCCAUGUUCCUGUUGUGGUGAAGUUGUGCUCAGUGAUGAAACGUCUAGGGCGCAUUUAUUUCACAGCUAAUCUUGGGCAGUGUAGAAUAGUUGUAUAACAGUUUGCUGAAGUUCCUGGUAGUUUCAGACUUGCCUGUUGAAGUGACUGGAAACUAGAUUUCAUAUUAACUUAUUCUAUUAAAUUGCAGUGUAGCUUCUAUCUGCUCUACCAAAAAUGUAAUUUAAGUGCCUCUAUGUGGUGCAUGUUUUAAAAAAGCACCACAAGAUUAUAAUGAAGGUUCUUUGAAGAUCUUUUGUUUAUGACCAAAGUGUACUAUAUUUUUACAUGUAGCUUUAGAGUAUUGUUUGAGAAAUCCACAAUAAGCAUUUAAUGUGGCAUUUGGGCCUUUAUUCCCAUCAGUGGGAUUGAACAUCCUUUAUUUGAAAACUUUAAGGUUUUCCUUUGUAAGGGCCAGUACAACGCUGAAAUCCCUGCACUUUAUUUCUCUACAUGCGGCCAAGAUUUAGUAGAUUUUAACUGGAACAUCUGUUGACCAGGGAGCUGUUUUUUUGCUGUUACUUUUUAGUUUGUCUUAUUGUGUAAUUUUUUUUUUUCUGCACAGUGUUUUCCUGUUAUCUUAAUUUUAUCCAUGUAAGCUGCAUUGUUGUAGAUGUCUGGUCAAAAUGUGCUACUUUUGUGGUGUAUCAAAGGGAACCAGCAAACAACUUAAUAUCUGCUUUUGCUUUGAGACCCCCACCCCCUUUUCCCAGAACGGUUUGUACGCUAUCAUGUGGAUCGGAAACAUCAACUUGGGUCAAACAUCUACCUCAAUUAGAUGCCUUUCUUACUCUCGCUCUACUGACUUGAACAGCUGUGUGUAUAUAUUUUUUUCCCCUGUCUCUGAGUAGUGCUCUGAGUAGGUGAUGUUAAUGGUUACAGUCUUUCCAGAACCUGCUGAUUUUUCUUUCUUUUUUGUUUUUCCUCUCCCCUCUUCCUUUUCUCCCUAGUAAUGAAUGUAUCACUGGACACUUUGCACAACUCUUGCUCAGAAUAGAACAAGGUGCCCUCAGAAAAGACUCCUGUACAUUUUCUUUUGUAUGCAUUGCCAAGUUGUGCCUUUUUGUGAUUGAAAAGGAAAAAGAUUUUGUCGGAUCUUGGUCAGAGGGGUCUUGCAGUCUUCAAAUGCUGAGUCUGUUUUAGGUUUGUUUACAGUGUAGCCCCCCC